GAAACUUCCUUAAAUCUUUGAGAAAAAGAAACAGAAAUGUGAAAAUGGUCAGUUCGGAGCAGAAGCUUGAAGAGAAAGGAAUGCAGGAGCGAGACAGAAAGAGAAGGAGAGACUGACUGUCUCAACAACCAACUCAGGAUGUUUGUUCUGGUUUGGGCGACUCUGCUUCUCUCUGUGAAGGACAACAAUGCAGACACAAGUGCAUCUUUGGAAAGGACAUUCUGUCAAGAUGAAUUCUGUGUUACUCUGAGUGAUGGAGAAAUAAGAGCAGAAGCUGGACUCUGUGUUGUCAUAUCUUGCUCUUUCACUACCCGUGUUGGUUUUACUCCACAAAGUAUCGUUUGGUUCAAAUGUGGACAAUCUAAAAAGAGAUGUGGCGAUGCAGAUGUGAUAUUCAACAGGAACAGUAGAAAAGUUCAGGCUGGAUUCAGAGGUAGAGUAACGCUGCUGGAUUCUGACAUUUCCCAGAGGAACUGCAGCAUCAUCAUCAACGACCUCACUGCCUCAGACUCGGGAUCAUAUCAGCUCAGGAUUAAUAGUUUCAGGUCUGGUGGGUUCCAGUAUUCUUCAAGAGCAAAUGUCUCGAUCAAAGAUCUGACCCAGAAGCCCACAAUGAUGAUACCCCCUCUGACUGAAGGACAGCAGACCACACUGAGCUGCUCUGCUCCUGGUCUUUGUUCUGGAUCUGUUCCUAAAAUCACCUGGAUGUGGAGAGGAGGAGAGAAUGACUCCCACAUUACAGGAAACAUCUCUGCUGUCAAGACUGAGAAUCUGAGACACAGUUCAACUUUGACCUUAACACCCUCAUCCGAACACCAUGGCACUGAGAUCACCUGUAUAGUUGGUUUCACAGGCAGGACGACAACAGAGGAGACAGUGACUCUGAAUGUAACCUAUGUAAAGGAAGUUAAAGUCUCAGGGAAUACACGUGUGAAGGAGGGUGAGACUCUGAAUCUGACCUGCAACAUUAAGAGUUUCCCUCCAUCUCUAAUCACAUGGACAAAACUCUCUGAUAAAAACAUGCAAAGUGGAACAGAAACAAAUCUGCAAAACAACGCUUCAACCAUCCAGGAGAACCAAACUGAAACCUGCCUUCAGGAAGGAGUCGGAGAGGUGACUUUAUCUAUCUCUAAUGUGACUGCAAAGGAUUCAGGACUGUACGUCUGCACAGCAAAACAUCUGAACAACACCCUGAUGGAAGAAGCUGAUGUUAAAGUGAUAUAUAUGAAAAUGCCUGUAAUCACUGGAAAUGUGUCUCUUAAUAGAGGAGACGCUCUGAAUCUGACCUGCAGUGUAGAAAGUUAUCCUCUGUCUUAUAUCACUUGGACUCUUCUUGGUUCUGACACUGACCUGCAGAAUGACACAGGAUCAUCCACACUCGUCAUCAGUAAUGUGAAGGCAGAAAACUCUGGAAGAUACAUCUGUACAGCAAAACACCUGAACUCGACCGUCACUGUAUCCUCUGAUGUUUCUGUCACUUGGUUUCCAAGCAUCUUUAAAAACUCUGGAUGUCAGAUUCAGUCGAGGGUCUUGACUUGUGUUUGUCUCAGUGAAGGUUUUCCUUUACCAACCAUCAAAUGGCCGCUGUUGAAGAACCAUACUCAGUAUUCUGUCGUUACUGCUGUGACAAACCACAUAGUCAACAGCACUCUCACACUAACUCUACAAGACCACAGCAACACUUCUGCUGAGUGUAUCAGCAGCAAUGAAAAUGGAGAAGUCAAAGAAAGCCUCACCAUCCUGAUUAACAUGCCAGAAAAACAAGCAGAUCAGUCCUGGGGACCAAAAUUAUUUUCAUGGCAGGAAGUCAUCCUUGCCUUUUUUCUUGGCUUACUUCUGACAGCUCUAUUUUGUCUUUUGGCAACAAAAUGCCACAGACAAAGACAGAAAAGCUCUGAUAAUCUAGUGAAGACUUUGGAGAUGGUGACCAAUCAAGAGGAUCCACUGAUAGAUGCUCAUCAAGAAGUGGAACACAAUCACACCUAUGAUCAAGAGGUAACAGAAGAAGGAGAGGCUGUGGCAGAGGAGGAAUCCACCUUCGAUCUGGAUGGAGGACCAAAAGACGUGGAGUACGCCAGCAUUGAUUUCUCAGUGCUGAAAAGAAAGAAGACAGUAAAGAAGCAAGAGGCCACAGAGACAGAGUACGCUGAAAUUAAGAAAGGGGGAAAAGAGCAAAGUAAAGAUGAUGGCAGAGUCAACAGUGAUGUAUUGGAGGGACAAGAAGAGGAGCUGAUGAUGAUGAUGAAGGAUGAGGAGACACAAAUGUGUAUUCCAGAAGAAGAGGAGGAAGUGUACUCCAAUGUGAAGGAUAUACUAGAUAAGAUUUGAGGUUUUUAUUGUUGAGUUGUUUGAGUUAAGGUGUCAGGAUCUGAUCAGAUAUUGAGGAACUGCUGUUAUGCACUUAUGAUGGAUUGUUUUUCCAAUGAGUGAAUGACAGUUCUUCAAGCUUAUUCAAUCUAAUGCUGUGUGAAAGAGCGGUGAAAGAACACAAUUCAGGAGUGCAAAAGGAGGACAAAAGGGGCUCUGCCUCCGUCCUCUCUGCCCUAGGAAAACUUCAAGGGACAAUACCUUUGGUGUCCUUCAGCUCAAUCCAUCUGACUGAACUGCAGUUCUGAUCCUGUGGAAACAUCAAAACCUCACUUUCACCCAGAGAUGCCAAGUGUUCACUUCUCCUCCAUGGCUCUAAAGAUGACAACGUUGAUCUGUUCUGUUCUCAGCUAGCCUUUCUGACCAAUUUGCCUCAGAUCUGACAUUUAGAUGAAGACAAAGAGUUUGCAUCCCAAUAACUUUGCUCAUCUUAUGACUUCUCCUCUGUCCUCCAGUUUGAGGUCAACCUUUUGGUUUUUGUUGCGAUGAAAUUUGGUACAGACAUUUAUGUCCUCUUGAGGAUGUAUUCACGCUAACAUGCUAAACUGAGAUGGUAGGAAAUGGUAACCAUAAUGCCUGCUCAUCAUCAGCAUGUUAGCUGUCUCACUGGUGGAAUGUUUUCAGUUUGUUUUACAGUCUUUUUUUUUUUUAUCUUAAUACAAUACUCGCAUGGCCAAACCUACACUGUAUAGGUCUUCCUAAAUUAAGUCCAUUCUGAUCAACAAGAAGUAUCAUGAGAUGUUACAAUCACUGAGACCUGAACUGUGGAUUUUUUCUCCUUCUUUCAUUUGAAUGGCAAAGUGGGUUUAGUCACAUCAGACACAUUCACUUCUCCUUCAAACUGGGUGGAAAUGCUUUUAUUUUUUGAUAAAAAGAUAUGAAUAACACAUUCACAUCAUUUGUGUUUUCAUGUUUCAAACCUUUUACAUUAUCCAUUUUAAAAUAUUAGCUAACAUAAGGCCUGAUCUGUAAAGUCCUGUUCCUAAUGGUCCUAUGCUGUAUAACCAGUCAAAGAUUACUUCCCUUGUUUUUGAAGCUGAAGGGUCCGAGGGGCGUGGGUGGCAGGGGGUGCAGGUAGUUCUUUAUGUUGGAGUGGGUGGAAGGUUGUUCCAACUUCAGCUAGUUGGGGGUUUUCCACAGCAGUACCCGACUCUAACUUUUAAAGAGAACGUUUCUUUCUUUGGAUAAAACUGUUGAGUGGUCGGUUGUCAUCAAAGUCUUUCUUACUUCUGGUGCAUUCUGCAGGAUGAACUAGUUUUAAAAUAAGUGUUAAAUAAGCAGGGAUGUUUGCUAUAUAAUAAAGAUAACUCUGUA